GUAAACCUUUAAACCCAAGGAUGUCAAUGAAAAUAGCUUCAUUCACAUGACUAAGUGAAGAUGAAGUAAACAUAAAAUCUCAAAACUGAUCUUGUGAUAAUAGCAACAUUCCACUGUAAGAAUUUUUUAUUGACUGUUCUACUCAUAUUGUGGAUUCAGUGUUGCUACAGUGAAUCUCUUUGACACAAGAUGGCUGAUGAUCUCUCUAUGACUGAUGAGCCCAAGACUGGCGAGGAUGGCACGAUCGAGUUCAAGGAAGACAAAGAGGUGACGAAGGCUCGUCAUGACAUCUUCAUUCAGGAGAUCGAGGCGAUGGACGACUACUGGGGCUCGACGUUCCGCACCAUUUACACCAAGGAAGAGCAGGAGCAGUUUAUGCAGGAGCUUGACGAGCGCACGCGCGAGCACGACAAGAACAUCGAGCGCAUGUGCAACUUCCACUACCGGGGCUUCAUCGACUCGAUCCGUGAGCUGCUGCAGGUGCGCACCGAGGCUAGCAAGCUGAAGCGCGAGGUGGUCGGCGUCAACCAGGAGCUGACGGACGCCUCCCGCCAGCUGCUCAGGCACGGAGACGCGCUUUGCAAGGCGCGCCGCGUCCAGUCCAACAUCCACGAGGGCAUCGAGGCUCUCAAGGCCUGCCUGCCCGUGCUGGAGACGCACGCCCGACUGAAGAAACAGAUGGCGGAGAAGCGCUUCUACCCAGCGCUGAAGACGCUGGAGACCCUGGAGAGCACGAUGCUGCCGAAAGUGUCGGGUCACAAGUUCGCGCAGGUGAUCGCCGCAUCUGUGCCGAAAGCUCGCGCUAACAUCCAGGCGGCAGCCAUGUCCGACCUGAAGGAUUUCCUGGAGGUGGUGCGCCGCGAGUCUCCGCGUAUCGGCGAGGUGGCCAUCCGGCACGCGGACGAGCAGUAUGGCACCGACCCGGCGGCAGAGGAGCGCGCCGCCAACAAGCGGCACACGCUGGCCUUCCUCGGCGAGGAGCCGCUGGCGCCGGAGACACUGUACCAGACCGAGGGCGAUGAGGAGGACGAGCGGGUGGCCCAGGAGCUGGUCAACUUCUCGCCUGUCUACCGCUGUCAGCACAUCUUCACCGCGCUUGGCGCGAAGGAUACGUUCCGCGCCUACUACGUGAAGCAGCGACAGAAGCAGGCGGGCCUGGCGCUGCAGCCGCCGGCGGGUAUGCACGACACGCUGACUGCGCUGCACGACUACCUGCACGGCGUGGCCGGCUUCUUCGUGGUGGAGGACCACAUCCUGAACACGACGACGGACCUGGUGACGCGCACGGAGCUGGACCAGCUGUGGGCGAGUGCUCUGGCCAAGCUGACGACGGCGCUGCAGUCUCACGCCGCCUGCCUCACGGACGCCAACACGCUGCUCACCUUCAAACAGCUGGUGAUGGUCUUUAGCCACGCGCUACGCAACUACGGCUUUUCCGUGCAACCGCUGCACGACCUGCUGCUGGAGGUGCGCGACCACUACAGCGAGGUGCUGAUGCAGCGCUGGGUGGCCGUCUUCCGCGACAUCUUCGACAAGGACAACUACCACCAGGUGCAGGUGGACACGACGCGCGAGUACGAGCAGAUCCUGCAGGUGUUUCCCUACUCGAGCGAGGCGCUGGAGAAGGCCCCGCUGCCGCGCCGGUUCCCCUUCUCGCUGAUGGUGCCGAAGGUGUACUCGCAGGUGAAGGAGUUCAUCCACUCGUGCCUGCGCUUCUCCGACGGCCUGAACCUGAGUCAGAGCGAGCGGGACGACAUGCUGCGCCGCUCGACUAAUGUGCUGCUGACGCGUACACUGGCUGGGUGUCUGACUACCCUGGUGCGCCGGCCCGGCCUGAGCCUGCUGCAGCUCAUCCAGGUGACCAUCAACACGAUAUACCUGGAGCAGGCCAGCGUCUACCUGGAGGACGUCAUCACCGAGCUGACCGGCUACAACCCGAAGCAGGAGGGCGGCGUCCACUCGCGCCUCCAGGGCCGCUCCAUGUUCAAAGACGUGCGCGCGGAGACGGAGCAGCAGAUCUACAUGCAGCUGCAGACGAAGAUUGACGAGUUCCUGAGCCUGGCGGCCUACGACUGGCUGCUGGCGGAGUCCGACGGCACGGCGUCGCCCUACCUGGUGGAUCUCAUCUACUUCCUCAACAGCACGUUCACGGCGUUCACCAACCUGCCGGCCAAGGUGGCUCAGACGGCCUGUAUGAGCGCGUGCCAGCACAUCGCUCGGGGUCUGCUGGCCGUACUGCUGGGGGAGGAGGUGAAACAGCUCUCCCUGGGCGCGCUGCAGCAGCUCAACCUGGACGUCAUACAGUGCGAGCAGUUUGCCGCCUCGGAGCCUGUGGCCGGGUUCGAGGAGGGCGCGCUGCAGAUGUGUUUCGCCGACCUGCGCCAGCUUCUGGACUUGGUCCUCGAGUGGGACUGGACCACCUAUUUCCAGGAGUACGGUACUGGGGACGGUCGGUACGGUCGCGUCAGUCCGGCGCGCGCGGCAGUCAUCGUGGAGAAACUGCGAGAGGCCGACAAGAGGAACAUGUUCUCCGUGCUGAAGAAGGCCGAGAGAGACAGGAAGAAGCUGCAGGAGACGGUGCUGCGCCAGCUGCGACAGUUGGCCGGCAAGGAGCUGUGAUGACGGCAGGAGAGACGGACAUACUUACAGCCAUGAGCCAAACGGACGAACCUGUAACGGGUGGAUAGACAGAUUGACAGACAUACUGACGGUUGGGCGAAUUUAUGGCAAUAUCAGAGAACUUGAGACAUACUGACGGACGAGCGGACUCAGACUCACUGACUGACGAGUGCACUCGAUGUGCAGAGUAAGUUGUAGGGUACCGUGCCUUAUUUGGUAUCGAAGGGCUUUAAAUGCACUUAGCUUGUUACUGAAAAAGAACAGCGGCAGCCUGCGUCGGGUGCUGACACGGUUCUUUGCGCCGAUCAUUGGGCUGCUCGUACUGUAUACAUAUGACGGCCCAGAUCUGUAGGCGGCGCCACUGUAGCUGAGAGGGACCAGAGGCAGCUAUCCUUCCAUAACCUAGUGUUGGUCUUCCAUUUGUACCUUGACGUCGGUGUAGUGAUCUGUAUUUUGUGGCCGGUAGCACACCAGGUCGACCCUUUUGUCGUCCUGUGUGCGCCCUACGUUUGUUAGUGCCUCGUCAUCUCGAUAUCAGGACAAAUUUGGCCAUUGAGUGAACGGUUACAUUCCCGGGGAAACAUUCUGUGGUGAAGGGUUGCUUAUUAUGUGUGCUGUGCCUUAACGUCGAACAAAACUUGUUGAUAUAUGCAGUACUUAGUUCAUGUUUUGUAUUGUUCUACGCUUUGUGUAACACCAUAGGAUCUAGCUAUAUUCAUUAUAUUCUUUUGUAAAAGCGUUGUAUGUCGAUAACAUUGCCAAUAACAGCGCCAAUACCUGAGCACCUGCACCGCUAGGCGUUCUUGGCACGGUAUUGCUGUCCAGCCGCUGUUAGGUAUCGUUCUCUUUCCAUGCUUACCUUCUAAAGUCUGUUUCCUGAGCAGCUCUCCAUAAUAUGUACUUAGCACAGUACCGGUUGUGAUGAUCUUGUUGCCAGCACAUGGGCUGUAGAGUGUAAGUCGUUUUUGUAUGCGGCUUGCACAGUUUUUACUGAAUAUCGUAUUUUGGCUGGUUAUUUUAUACGAGCGCACUGUUACUAAUAUAUCAAUAUUAAUGGUUGUUUAAGAAGUUAAUGUUUGUAAGUCUUGUUAUUCUACUAGAAAUACAUAUCGAUGUUUGCA